AUGACUACCAGAUACAGAGUUGAAUACGCCCUCAAAACCCAUCGGAGAGAUCAAUUUAUAGAAUGGAUCAAAGGACUCCUUGCGGUACCGUUUAUUUUGUACUCCCAACCAACAGGAGUUUUCGAGAGUCGUUGCCACUCAGUGCAACAAAUGGCCGAAGAGGCACAUCGUCGCUAUGCCGAGAUUAUGCAAGAUGUCGAAGAAAUGAUUGACGAUCACAUCCAACACCAAAAAGUUGGCCUCCAAGGACAGUCAAAACUGAAACUUCUCGUCCCUAGCACGGGUACCUUCUUUACACGACUUCCUCUCGCAAAUGCAUUUAGGUACCAAGACCGAAAACGAUUUAUUUCCUCUAGGCGCUUUGUUCCCCCAUCAUUUAAUGAUAUUCGCCUCAUUCUCAAUACGGCGCAACUUAUGGCCGUCACUUCUACGGGCCAAUUAGGAUUGGCUACCUUUGAUGGUGACGUUACACUCUAUGAUGAUGGAAAGUCCUUAGAACCCUCGAAUCCAGUGAUUGAGAAGAUAUUAUAUCUUAUGAGCAAGGAUACAAAAGUCGGAAUCGUCACUGCUGCAGGAUAUACACAGGCAGAGAGAUAUUAUCAGCGACUUCAUGGUCUUCUCGAAGCAGUUAAAUCCUCUGAUUCUCUUACGCCUGCCCAAAAAGAAAAUCUUGUGGUUAUGGGUGGUGAAUCCAAUUUUCUAUUCAAAUUUGCACUAGAUUCACCCUAUCUUCUGUCGUAUCAACCUCGACGAAGUUGGAUUCUUCCUGAUAUGUCCACAUGGACACAAGACACAAUCACCGCUCUCCUAGAUCUAGCAGAAUCGUGUCUCCGAGAAUGUAUCGCAAACUUGUCCCUAGACGCUACAUUGAUACGGAAGGAGCGAGCAGUAGGUAUCAUACCUUCGGUUACUGGAUACAAAUUUCCCAGAGAGUCCCUGGAAGAGACAGUCCUUGUCAUACAGAAGAAGCUUGAAAUGAGUGACGUAGGUCGUCUACUACCAUUCUGCGCUUUCAAUGGUGGAAACGAUGUUUUUGUGGACAUCGGCGAUAAGAGCUGGGGAGUUUUGGUAUGCCAAGACUAUUUCGGCUCACUUGCGCACUCGACUUUAGGAAAUGAGAGUCAGCGAGCUAGUACUCGAAUUGGCGGGGAAACGACCCUGCAUGUAGGGGAUCAGUUUCUAAGUGCCGGCAGUAACGACUUUAAGGCUCGAGUUGUAGGAACUACUGCGUGGAUUGCCAAUCCUGCUGAGACAUGUGAACUCUUGGAUGAAGUUCAGGAAUUUAUUGAAUUUCACCGCAAUGCCGCUGUCCAUAAAUUAACUCAAGCCUAA